UCAGUGCCAUGUCAUCCAUGACCUCCUCAGUGUCCUCCUCCAUAUCCUCCAUGGGUGACUCCGUCAACAUUCCCAAGUUUGGGCUGUUUGGGGAGGAGGAUGCGGGAGCUACGCCAGAGUCCAAUCAGGGAGGAAAGCCACCUGGCAAGGGGCCUCAACAGGGAUCAGGUCCGAAGGCGCCGCAACAAGGGGGGCCUCAAAAACAGGGUCAAGGCCCUUCUGGAGUGGGGCCAAAACCCGGGCAAGGACAAGCAAGCCCAGGACCAAAAUCAGCUCAGGGACCUCCUGGACAGGCUCCCAGGCAAGGCCAGGGCCAGGCAGGACAAGGGCCUUCUGGGCCACAUGCACCUAGACCAGGUCAAGUACCACCAGGGCAACAAGGACCCAAACAAGGUCAAGGCCCACCGGCUCAGCAGGGACCUAGACAAGGUCAAGGUCCACCUGGACAGCAGGGACCGAGACAAGGUCAAGGUCCACCUGGGUCAGCAGGGACCUAGACAAGGUCAAGGUCCACCUGGACAGCAGGGACCGAGACAAGGUCAAGGUCCACCUGGACAGCAGGGACCGAGACAAGGUCAAGGUCCACCAGGUCAGCAGGGACCUAGACAAGGUCAAGGUCCACCUGGACAACAGGGACCGAGACAAGGACCACCCGGUCAAGGUGCUAAACAGACACAAAGUGGUCCAAAAGAACCUGGCAAGCCUGGAUCCAAGCAGCCAGGACCACCAGGGCCUGGGGCUCACCCCGGGGAUGCUUCCAAGAGUCACCAGGGUGCCGCGAAUCCUGCAGGGGGACUCUGUCCACUGUGUAAGACCACUCAGUUGAAUACUGGAUCUAAGGACCCGCCAAAUUACAGUCAGUGCACUGAGUGUAAGAACCAGGUCUGCAGCCUUUGUGGAUUCAGCCCUCCGGACUCAGCGGGUAAAGAAUGGUUGUGUCUGAACUGCCAGAUGCAGCGAGCAAUGGGGGGCAUGGACACCCCGGCUAUGAGAAAGCCCAAAGAAGGUUCGGCCCCACCCUCGCCGCAGAGGCAGGCUUCAGGAAAGCCCGGCAAGCUGCUCAUCAAGCAGCAAAGCACCACAGACCAAGGCUUGACGCCCCCAACCACUCCAAGGCAGAAAUCCCCAGGUGCGAGCUCUCCAGGACCGCUUUCUCCCGGCUCCUCAUUGGGAGGCUCCCCCAAGAUUGAUCCCAAGACCGGCCGCCCCAUUCAACAGAAAGCCAGCCCCCAGCAGUCACCGGCCAAGACCAAGCAGGAGUCUAGCUUUUUUGGCGGGUUGGGUGGUAUCAGUUUUGGAGGAUUGACUGAUUCAGUCAAACCGGCCGCUGCUUCCUCACAAGCAGCUGAGUCUGUCACUGGAAAACUGUUUAGCGGUUUCGGUGGAUUGAUGGACUCGUCUAAGCCUCAGGCGCAGGUGGCUCCAAAGCAGGAAGAAUCCGUCACCGGGAAGCUGUUCGGAGGAUUCGGCGGAUUAUCAGAGUCGGCAAAACCUCCCGCUGCCGCCUCGCAGAUAUUCAGCUUCGGCUCGUCCCUCCUGAACUCCGCCACCGGUCUUGUCACCGGUGAGGAAGAGAAACCAGCCGAAUCUCCACCGGGGUCGCCGCCGGACUCCCCGGCCGACUUCGGACCCGGUUCCGGCCCUGGCUCCCCGCCUGAUUCUCCCUUCUCCGGUCCGGGCUCUCCUCCUGAUUCGGAUUCUGCUCCUGACACCCCACCGGCCAAAUCCAGAAAACCACCGAGGACCAAGUCUGUCGAACGAGAACCCAGCUUGGACUUAGCAUCCAAAACGAAGGAAAGCUGCCCUCUCUGCAAGGCGGAGCUGAACGUCGGGACAUCAGAAGCGCCCAACUACAGCCUCUGCACCGAGUGUAAGAAGAGCGUGUGCAAUCUGUGUGGAUUCAACCCCACUCCCCACUUAGGAGAGAGCGAAUGGCUUUGCCUCAACUGUCAGACGAAAAGAGCCAGUCAGAUGGACGAGACGGCUUCCCCGAAACAGACAGGACCCGCUCCCGCUCCCUCUUCCAUCCCCGCCCCUGCUGCUGUAGAUAGCAAACCCGUUGUAGUAGAAUCAGCAGCAGCAGCAGAGCAAACCCCGACCGCCCCCGAGACCAAGGUGGAACAGUCGGAGACCCCGACAAAGCCUGGCGACAGAGAAAGUGACACCAAGGACGGCAGUCCUACCAGCCCCUCCGACCUGGCCAAGCUGGAAAGCACAGUCCUGCCCAUUCUCGAGGCGAAAGUGAAGGAUGAUGAAGAGAAACAAACGGACACGCUGAAGACCAGACGUAAACUCGAGGUGCUUCCGAUUUCUCCCGACUCGCCCUGCUCGGACGAGGAUGUGGAUCUGAACAAAAGUCACGCAAAGAAAAAGCUCCUGGUGCCUCUGGACGUCAGGGUGGAUUCACUGGAUGAUAGUAGCGAAAGCUUUGGGAAAGAGAGCCCCUUGUCAGGGGAUGACGAGGAGUUUAUCCGCAAACAGAUCAUAGAAAUGAGCGAAAACGAGGACGCCUCGCCAUCCGAUGAGGAAAACCACAUUCGACGUGAGAUCAGACAAAAUGAAAGGCGACGAGUGGAAGAGAAGAAAACCGGGCCCGUGGCUUCAGGAAAGGCCAAGCGGUUAUCCAAGAAAAACUCUCUAAGUCUCAAUGAUGAAGAAGAUAACGCUCCACUCAUCAAAGUUGAUUUACCGGAGCUCAAAGAAGAGGAUCCUCAAAGCGGUGUCGCAGUUCGCAAAUUUCAAACGAUAGAGCUGAAUACAACCAGCAGCCCCUUGGUUGUAACACAAGUUAAUAUAGAGCCCGAGAUGGAAUGUUUGACCGAUUCACCGGACGAUCGUUCGAAAGGGGAGGGCUCAUCCAGUCUACACGCGUCCAGCUUUACACCCGGCACCUCACCGACGUCGCUGUCCUCGCUGGAUGAGGACAGCGACAGCAGUAGUCCCGGCCACGUUCGCUCCAGUGAGAGCAAGCAGCACAGGAAAGCCAAACACCGACAAGCUGGACAAAUGCUGCCGACGAUUGAAGACUCUUCUGAGGAGGACGAAUUGCGGGAAGAAGAGGAGCUGCUCAAGGAGCAGGAGAAACAGCGGGGAGCCGGGAAGAAAUCGAAGCGAGACAAGGAAGAGGUUCGAGGCCAGCGAAGGCGUGACCGUUCAAUGACGCCCCCGAGCAACCUCUCACCUAUCGAAGACGCCUCGCCGACGGAAGAACUGAGGCAGGAGGCGGAAAUGGAAGAGAUCAGACGAUCGUCCUGCUCCGAUUUCUCCCCGAGCAUCGAUUCAGACCCCGAGGGUUUUGAAAUCCAUGCCGCAAAGAUCGCGGCCGUGCAGAAAACAUAUCAAUUGCCCAUUUCCGUGUCGCACCAUUCUCCGACAGAAAAUAAAAACACGGACAAAUCACAGAGGAAAGCUCUCAGAUCUGCCGAAGAAGCUUAUGAGGAGAUCAUACUGAGGGCCAAGUCUCCGACAGUUGAAAAUGUUGACUUUCAUCCAGAAAAGGAGGCUCUUUAUGGAGGUAUGCUAAUUGAAGAUUAUGCUUACGCCUCGGUCACGGAUAAUUCAACAGAUGAUCUGGGGGCGACGGAAAAGAUCAGCGUUCCUGCCCAGCCCAAGAAGCUCAGAUCACCGGAUGAAGUUUAUGAGGACAUGAUCAAGAAAAGAAAGGAAUUCAUGAAACUCGAACAGGAAUACCAAAACAUGAAACAACCCAAAAAUGAAAGUACAAACCCUGAAAUCGUCUUGCAGCCCGCCGAGACUACCCUUUCCAAAGUCACGACGGUAACUCUGGGAAAAGAUGGAAAACCAUUGUUGGAUGCUGAAAGUGCUUACGAAGAGCUCAUGAAAAAGGUAUUGACUCCUGGAGAAAGUCCCACUCUGCAAGACCCCGAAGUGGAAACCACUUCAUCCAGAAGGGCUCUCUACCCAAUCCCAGACCUAAAAGUCACGCAGUGUUCCUCAGGAGAGUUGUCCUCUGAUGAAGAAAGUAUCAUUAAAAAGGAGGAGGAAACGGCGAAAUCAACUUCAGCUGUCGAAACCCCAUCAUCCGCGUCAGACCAGCAACCCCACACCCCUGUCACGGCAUCCCGGACUGACACUUCGGACCUAUCAAGUGCAAUUGCAAUAACCUCUGCUCCUGUAACGGCAAACUUUACCGCCUUGCCUACUGUCCCGCAGUAUGCACAAGGCACCCCGAGCAUCGUUUCAACUGCCCCACCAAUCCCCCCGAAGCCAAAUGUCUUGCGCAGGGCAAAUUCUCAGGAAAAAGCCGAUGCACCCGUCGAGCCACCGUUGCCUCCCCCUAUCGCACAAAAACCCACGGUUUUUCCCAGAAAACCUCCAGUUCCACUCCCACCUCAGGCUUCAACCGCGCCGGUCAGGCCAGAGACACUUCCCGCCACUUCACUUUCUAAACAAUCAGUCACGCCAACAUACAAACCUCACGUUCCGCCCCCUGUCCCCCCAAAGCCCUGCAUUCCUGCCGGUGUCGGCGAAGGCCACAGACAAGGGCACAGCAUCAAACCACCCAUUGCACCAAAACCCUGCUCACAGCCAUCCUCCCCUGCUCAUGUCGCGCAUCCACCAAGACCCACCGUGCUUCCCACGGGGUCCACUGACAUAGCUUUGAACCUCAGCCCUUCAUCUGAGAGCAAGCCCUUUCAACCCUCGCCAAAGUCUCCUUCUUCUCCUAGAUAUGCAAGAAACCUCCGUGAUACGUACGUGGUUAUCACACUCCCUUCUCAGCCAAGCUCUCCGGUCGACAGUCUCUCAACUCAAGCCCCCUCCGAGACUGGCCCAGCAUCAACGGCCCACCAAGCUCAUACCCCAAGUUAUCACCAAACACAGGCUCAGUCAACACCACCUCAUACCACGAGGGUGCCUCUGGCUUACACCCGAGUGACAGAAUCCAUUGAGAAUCAAGAGAUAUGCGGCCCAGAAAAACACGUUACAAGCUCUUGUCACAUCAUCGAAGCCGUUUCGGCCUCCGCGCAGCCUCCCGUGGUCAUGCCAAACCUAAUCUCCCAAGUGGUUACCACAGAGGUCCAAAGAACCACCGUCUCUGUUGUUCACGAACGGACGCCGCCGCCUGGGCCAACUCCGAGGGCAACCGGGAUCCCGAUCUCAUUGGAGAAACCAAAGACUCAAUUGCCCGUACAGAAUGGACAGGCGGUCCUGCCUUGUGAGGUGGUGGAUCUGAGGACUGUGAAGGCCGACGCAGCGUCACACAUGAAUGGAGUGGAUCUGUCUGCCGGGCCGGAGGCCGGUCGGCAGUCGUUGGCAACUGAUGUCAGUCGCCAGAGCAGUGCGAUACAGUCAUCUGUUGUGAACCUCAGUUCCGAAUCCUCCACCUUCUCGAUCGUGACUGACAGCAUCACCAUUGUGACAUGUUCUGCCACAGUCCAGAGGGGCGAUAGUUUGGAAACCUCUCAAGCAUCUUCAAUCCCCCUCCAGCUCACGAAGAAUAAAGCAUUUGAACCCAUCUCUCAAAUUGUGUACCGCUCUGUGGAUUCUCAGCCUCCCGCUCACUCUGGUGAGAUCCCCAUGAAUCUCUCAGUUGGGGCGAGCGCAGGCAUUGGGACGUUCCAAACACCACCUGUAACCAUGGCACCCGGUACCGUCCCUGCUUGUGUCGCUAACGGGUUAACGACAAGCACUUCGUCUGUGGCGGGAGCUGUUGACCUGAGCACGACAAAACCAUUCAAUACUCUGGUGUCCAUGGACGCCAUUUCGACAGAAGUUGUCACAGCCGUCAUCACAGAGGACGAUAGCAAGCCAGUCGAUCUAACCGCUGGGAAAAGAGCCGUGUGCUGCGAUGUUGUUUACAAGCUCCCGUUUGCAGGAAGCUGCGCUGCACAGCAGCCCACCACCCCUCUGCCCGAAGACCGUUUUGGAUAUCGCGAUGAUCAUUACCAGUACGAUCGCUCGUCCUAUGGCGUGAGGGGGUUUGGCGGUAUCAAACCCUCAAUGUCGGACACCAACCUGGCAGAAGCCGGCCUGUUUUUUUACAAGAGUAAGAACAGCUAUAAUUUCAGUGGCACCACAGACGGUGCCGUAGAUCUUUCCUCGACAAAGAUUUCCGAUGCAGGCGAUGCUGUGGACUACUCCAAGAAAGGGGCAUAUGCAGGAAUGACAAUCCCUCCUUAUUCCCAAUCAGGAGUCACAAGUGGUGUCGGCACUCUCUUCGGUACAAAUAGUGUACUGAGGUCAUCCAAUGGGGUCGUUUAUUCCUCCGUUGCCGCACCCAUUCCAUCGACAUAUGCAAUAACCACACAACCGGGAUCCAUCUUUUGUACGUCCUACAACACUCAGUCAAGUAUGCAUACUAGUGACACCAUGCCAUCAUUGUCGGACAUCCAGAACUUGCCACUGACACGAUCCCACAGUUUCCUGUCUACGGUCUCGAUUACGACGGCAGAUGAGCAAGCCGACAUCCCUCUCAACUUGGAGAUAACCAAAGAGGAUGCUUCUGGUCAUGCUGUCACCACGGCGACCACCUCUUUAUCCCUUGACUACACAGAUGAAUCCCUCGAGGCGAUAGCCGCCUCCCUGGAGGCUCUUUCGUCACCCAUGGUCCCAGGCGACGGCCAGUAUCAGGCCGAGCGUGAACGGCUCGAAAUGGAAAAACUCAAGCAGCAGCGCCUGGCUGAGGAGCUGGAAUGGGAGCGUCAGGAGAUUCAACGUUUUCGCGAGCAAGAGCAGCUGCUGGUCCAGAAGGAACUGGAGGAGCUCCAGGUCAUGAAGCAGCAAAUUUUGACCCAGCAAGAAGAGGAAAGGCAAGCUCACCUCAUGAUGCAAAAGGAAACCUACGCUCAGCAACAGCAGCAGCUCGAGCAAAUUCAGAGACUCCAAGAGCAACUCCGCAUGCAACUGGAAGAGCAAAAGCUUCGUCAGAUGUAUCCAGGCGGGGAGAUGCUCGGGAACGGCGUCCAGGAGGCCGUCGUCUUGGGCCCCGAUGGCACCGUGCUGUCACGGAAGAUCACGGAUAGCGGUUGCCAAACCGAUGACGAGGACGAGACGGUCAGCAAAGCUUACACAGCGGGGAGGAAGAAGAAAAGCGCCAAAAAGAGUGUCGACAGUUGUGUGCAGACGGAUGAUGAGGACCAGGAGGAGUGGGAGGCUCAGAGAAGCCGACAGAAUCGGCCACGCACCGCACGAGGGGACAGGGGAGGGCACGCCGACAUGUCCCUCCAAGCGCAUACUGAGAUUUCGAUACAAACGGAUACAGACGGAAACAUCCGGAUGGACACGAGAAUGGAACUGUCCGACUCGGAAAGAACCUCGCCGAAGAAACGACCGACGCCCUUGGAGAUUGGCCUGUCUCCCCACCUCAAGGCUGAGCCCUCCACACUUCAAGCGCCCUCUAAAUCUCCGAACGUGCUCUAUUCUCCCAUGUCGCCCUGUAUUUCCCCAAGCAAAUCACUCGAAUUUGUAUCUUACGAUAAAUCACUGGGCGAUAAAAGCCCUCAAAAGCUCAGGGGAAGCCCGGAUCCGGGAAGUCCGAGGGGAACAAAGUCCAUGCAGAGAUCCAUGUCUGACCCCAAAUCUAUGAGUCCAAGUGGAGAAGAAAGGGCAACAUUUGGCACCCAGUGUGCCGAUACUGGGAAGGGCUCGGGUGGAACGCCCACUGGCACUCAAAAGAAGGUCAAGAGGACUCUGCCCAAUCCCCCAUCAGAAGAUGACUCAUCAGCCAGUGGCCAGACCGGCUAUAGCACCGGUUCCGCUCGACGGAGAAUGUGCCGCAAUUCAAACAUGGCACGCGCCAAGAUCCUCCAAGACAUAGAUCGCGAGCUCGAUUUAGUGGAACGGGAGUCGUCCAAACUGCGCAAAAGGCAGGCCGAGCUUGACGAGGAGGAGAAGGAGAUCGACGCCAAGCUCAGGUACUUGGAGAUGGGUAUUAAUCGGAGGAAAGGCGCCCUUCUGAAAGAGCGGGAGAAGAGAGAGCGAGCUUAUUUGCAGGGUGUGGCCGAAGACCGGGAUUAUAUGUCGGACAGCGAGGUUAGCAACAUCCGAGAGACCAGAGGUGACCAUGAUGACGGCGAGGAUGAGGAAAUAGAAAGCCAUGGUCUGGAACGUCCCAGGACAGCUCCUCAGGCUGAACUGGAUGACUUUGUCCCACCUCAAACGAAACACGAAUACGGAAAAUACUCCCAGUACCCAUACCCUCAAAGCCAAUACCAGCAGUCCCUCUAUCAGACCCCCCAGUCUUACCAGUCCCAUUCCGUGUACUCCUCUGUGCCCUCGCUCACCAGCUCCCAACAGCAAAGUUACCAGCAGAUGCUCCUGUUGCAGCAGAAAGCGGCCAGGCAGGCCGCGCUUCUCUCCGAACUGGAUGCCACCAAAUAUGAUGUCAUUAGCCGCCAGCCCGAUCCCACGUCCUCGCCCUACCUUGGCGUGAAAUACGACAAGUACGGCAACCACCUUGACCUCAGAGCCUUGGACGUGGGAAGUCUCGCAGGUAGUCCCAUGUCAGCUGUCUCCGACGCCUACUACUCAGAUAUCGAUCACCACACACCUCGGAGUUACCUGCUGCUAGAAGAUGCGGCCGAGCUCGCCAAGAGCUCCCCUGGUUUGUCGUCGUCAUACAGUCUUGCCGAGAGAGAGUUAGCCAAAGCGGAGAAGCUUCUGCAGCGCAGCGCCGCCGAUCUGGGAUCCACCGACUAUCUCGGAUCCACCUCCAGACUGCAUACGUAUGGUAAAACCCCCGAUGAAGAAGAUCCAAUGGAGGAACCCUACGAACUGAAGCUUUUGAAGCAGCAGCUCAAGCAGGAGUUCAGGAGGAGCACGGGUGGGACAGAAAGCUUAGACCCCCUGACAGGCCUCUCCCAGCACUACUAUACCCCGAGCUCCAGCAUCUCCAGUUACUCCCAGAGGCACUACCCAAAGUCAGACAAGUACAGCAUCAGUCGGCUGACUCUCGAGAAGCAGGCAGCAAAACAACUCCCGGCAUCGAUGUUAUACCAAAAACACAAGACUCCGUUACUGGAGCCGAAGAUCUCCUCCAAGUAUUCCUCAAUUACAGAAAGCAGAGCUUUGGACAUGGACUAUACGAGCUAUUUGGGAUCUGCCGGCGGCUCCCCGAGAUCCAGCCGACUCAUGCAGGACGAGAUUACCUUUGGCCUUCGUAAGAAUAUUGCAGAGCAGCAAAAAUACUUGGGGUCUACCUUGGGUGCAAACUUGGCGGGUUCGCUCAACCUGGGCCAGAGUUUGGGUUUGGACUCCGCUUACCCAAGCGGCAGUCGCUCAAGACCGUCAUCCAGGCCGACGUCUUGCUAUGGCUUAGACCUGUCAAUCAAAAGAGACCCCUCCAGCUCCUCGUUGAGACUCAAAGGGGACGGCGAGGCCUCCACAGACAGCUUCCAAACCCCCUCCGGUCGCGCCAAACCCACCAGCCUCCCCAUCGUGCAAAGCGGCCGUGGGAGAAUCCCCAUCGUGGCCCAGAACUCUGAAGAAGAAAGUCCACUGAGUCCUGUCGGGGAGCCGAUGGGCAUGGCCCGAGCCUCAGCGGGGCCUCUGCCGCCCAUCUCGGCCGACUCUCGGGACCAGUUUGGUUCCUGCCUCUCCUUGCAGGACUCUCAGCAGCAGCAGCAGCAGCACAUCAGGGAAGAACCGAGCAGGGGUAGGGCUUUUGUGCUGAUGGAUGACCUUCAGGGCACCAUGUCAGAUAGCGAAGCCCUAAGUGAUUCCCCGGUGCCUUUGAGCAGAGACCAUUCAGCCAAGGCCUACCACCUGAGACGAGAGGAGACCGAUUGGUUCGACAAACCCAGAGACGGGCGCCCGGAGAACGGACACGACAAGAGACAGGGUAAAGGUCCGUACUACCCCUUCCCUCACCUCAGGGUCAAACUGAAGAGAGAUCCCAAAGAUCGCAGUGUGUCAGGGAACGGCCUGGGCAUCCGUGUCGUCGGUGGGAAGGAGGUCCCUGGCGGUAACGGAGAGAUCGGCUCCUACGUUGCCAAAGUUCUAGCCGGUGGAGCCGCGGAACAAACGGGCAAGAUCCUGGAAGGAAUGCAAGUCCUGGAAUGGAACGGCAUCCCGCUGACCGGAAAAACUUACGAAGAGGUGCAAGGGCUCGUCAGCCACUCGUGUAGCGAGGCAGAAUUGUGUGUCAGACUAGAUCUCAACAUGUUGGCCGAAUCCGAAGGCGCGGAGCGCUUGGACUUCCAGGAGCCGAGCAAAAGCGACAGACCUCCCAGGUCGCCGGGCGUGGACCCCAAGCAGUUGGCGGCCGAGCUGCAGAAAGUGUCCCAGCAGCAGGCCCCGCCCUCCUCCACCGCCUCCUCCACCAGCCUGACGGCGACCGCCUCGGCGACCUCCAGCCCCGCCCAGCCGGGCUCGCCGUCGGUCGGCAAGAAGCGGCACAGUAGCAAGGCCGCAGAUGGAAGCAAAACCCCGUCACACCCAAUCACUGGUGACAUACAGCUUCAAAUCCACUACGACAAGCAGCUGGGCAACCUGAUCGUGCACGUCCUGCAGGCGCGCAACCUGGCGCCGCGCGAUAACAACGGCUACUCGGACCCCUUUGUUAAGGUGUACCUCCUGCCGGGACGGGGUCAGGUCAUGGUUGUCCAGAAUGCCAGUGCCGAAAACAAAAGGAGGUCCAAGCCUGCGGGCAAAAGCCUGAACCCUGAAUGGAACCAGACGGUCAUCUAUAAGAACAUCCACCUGGAGCAGUUGCGGAAAAAGACGCUGGAGGUGAGCGUGUGGGAUUACGACAAGUGUUCGUCCAAUGAUUUCCUAGGAGAGGUCCUUAUCGAACUGUCCAACACGGCCCAGCUCGACAACGUACCGCGGUGGCUCCCCCUCAAGCCGCAGACGGAGGGCGAGCACCACCGCCGCUCCCACCAGGGCCGUCACGGCUCCUCCAAAACCUCCUCGCAGCACUCGUCCCCGAAAACCGCCGGCACCGCCCACGAGCAGGACUCCCCCAAAUCGUCAGUGACCAAAAGCCGAAGUCACGGCAUCUUUCCCGAUCCGGCAAAGGCGCGCGCCAGCUACAGGUCGGGUGAAGCCCCGAUGACGGCGGCCUCGCUGGACAGCGGCCUGAGCGGCAGCGCCUACAGCUUGCUGGACGAGGAUGCGGAGAUGAACGAGGUGGACAGCGCCAUCUUCCAGGUGCCCCGAUUUGGGAAGAUUCCAAAUGGCACCGAUGGGAUGAAAUCGUCUCUGGGUGAUUCCGAUGGUAAGUCACAGGUGAUGGGUGAGAUAAAGAUUGCGCUGAAGAAGGAAGUGAGGACGGAGGGCGACCACUUGGUCUUGGAGAUUCUGCAAUGUCGCAAUAUCACCUACAAGUUCAAGACUGCAGACCAUCUGCCUGACCUCUACGUGAAGCUGUACGUGGUGAACAUCGCCACGCAGAAGCGCAUCAUCAAGAAGAAGACGCGCGUGUGCCGCCACGACCGCGAGCCCUCCUUCAACGAGACCUUCCGCUUCUGCAUGAACCCGGCGGGGCACUCCCUGCAGCUUUUCCUGGUGUCCAACGGCGGCAAGUUCAUGAAGAAGACGCUGAUCGGCGAGGCCUACGUGUGGCUGGACAAGGUGGACCUGCGCAAGCGCGUGGUCAGCUGGCACAAACUGCUCGCCAGCACCGCGCAGAUCCACUCCUAGGCGGACCGUACCGCGUGCUGACCCGCGGGAGGCGGGGGAGGGUCAUCGAUCAAUUUAACUUGCGGGAGCUAGCCGCGAAUCCCGACGGGAAGCGGCCCGCGCAAGCUAGCAGGUACAAACCACUCGUCGUCGCAAAUCCACACACGAAAUACAGGGACACACAUGUACAAUAGAUGCUCAUUCACCCGCCCUUUGAAAGCAUUUCUCAAUGACUCACCGAGGUCUCUUAUUUAUUUUUCUAUUCGAAGGAAGCAUAAAUCUCUUAUCGGUUCGUCACGUGCGCAAGAAGCGAAAGUCAUAUAUCCAACACACACUACCUAGCAUUCCACUUCGGGACCUUAUUUUACGUGAACAAACAGAUCUAUGAGAUCAUUUAUUUAGGAAUAUUACUUGAGAUAAAAUUGGGAGUAUUGAUGCCACAUACAGCGUGUACAUAACAAAAUGUCCUAUCUGGAAGUAUGUGGAAUAUGUAGUAUAACUAUAGUCAGAAUGAUUUUUAUCACAGACAAUCAGGUCUUGAUGAUUGUGACGUUCGAGUUUCCCCCUCCUACACAAGGCACCCAAUUUACCGUCGUGUGUCUUUUUUGUGCACCUCUCCUCCUCGAAUGUAAACGCGGCGUCACGUUCACGAGCUUAAUUGUUUGAUCCACGUUCUAACAUCGUACGCAUUAAGUGUUGCAGAAAUAUUCGCGUUAUUGUUCUUGGUUUUUUUUGGGGGUUUUUUUGUGGUCAAUUGUUUUCUAUGCAACCUCGACCAGAGACCGCAGCAACGUUGUCGGUUUUCCAGCAAAAAUUGAUUGAACUAUGAAACAGUAACACGUGUCUAAUAUUUUUAUUUAUUCAUCUUUUUUAUAUGUAUUUAUUACCAUUUAAUGGUAUUUCAUCAUUGUAUAAAUUUAAUGAUUUUGUGUUUAUUUAUGUCUCCAUUUUCCGGUCACAAUGGAUUGAAAAUACUUUUUUUUUUUUUUUAAAUUAAACUUGAUUUUUUCUGAUUUAAGCUUUCGAUUUAAAGCUAUAAUUUCUUCCCUAUGCGACAGUUUAUGUUUACAGAACAUGUUGGGUGUGCUUUUUCGAUAGCACAUUCGCACAUUCGUAGUUCUUGUUUACAAAGUUAAGUUCCAAAGGCCUGAAACUCAGAGAAUUUUUUUUCCCCCCGUUUACAGAGAAUUCCGA